GAAGGAGGGGAAAAGUAGAGGUGGGGCAAGCGUCGCACGCCAAGGCCGGAUAAAGGGAGAGCUCGGCGAUUCGAACUCCUUGGCGAUCGAUUUGCGGAGGGCUUCGUAUACGAUUGUGCUUACUUGCCUCUGGACCUUCGUACUAAGGCAUCUGUCUCUCAUCUCAUCUGAUAUUUUGUUUAUACCUGCGUGCUUGAUGGGCUGCAUUUCUACAAAGCCCACCAAACACACACCUGGAUAUGAAGAUCCGAAAGUCCUUGCUGCUGUGACAACUUGCAUCCUAAUGUUUGUCAAAUUUGUAAUAAGCUUGUAACUGCUUGUCCAGCACAUGACUAUCAGAGUUACUGUGAGUGAAGUAGAAGCUUUGUAUGAGCUAUAUAAAAAAUUGGGUUUUUUGAUAAUCAAAGAUGGGCUAAUACACAAGGAAGAAUUCCAACUUGCAUUGUUCAGGAAUAGCAAGAAGCAAAAUCUCUUCGCAGACAGGGUAUUUGACUUGUUUGAUGUCAAACACAAUGGUGUUAUUGAAUUUGGAGAAUUUGUUCGAUCACUUAGCAUUUUUCACCCUGAUGCCCCAGAAGAAGAUAAAAUUGCAUUUGCAUUUAGAUUGUAUGACUUGAGGCAGACAGGAUACAUUGAACGUGAUGAGGUGCUUAGCAGCUCUACAGAGGCUAGCUACAGGAGACUGCAUUGGUCCAACGUGAUAUGGUCAUCAAGCCAAGCUGCACCUGCAUAUUUGAAGGAGAUGGUGCUGGCUCUUUUGAAUGAAUCAGAUUUGUUUCUUUCAGAUGAAGUUGUGGAACAAAUUGUUGAUAAGACAUUCAGUGAGGCAGAUUCAAAAGGUGAUGGAAUAAUAGACCUAGAUGAAUGGAAGGAGUUUGUUAAAAGAAAUCCAUCUUUGUUGCGGAACAUGACUCUUCCAUACUUAAAGGACAUAACCUUGGCAUUUCCCAGCUUUGUUAUGAAUUCUGAAGUCAAGGAUGAAGACAUGACAAUCUGAUAAAGAUGUGCGCUGCUGUCAUAUUUGUUCACUCCAAAAUUGAUGAUGCCUUCUGGCUCCAUUAACACGUUGAAUGAUCUAUCUCUACGAGGGUGCAAUGCUUGAUGCUCCUCCCGAAGAUGAUGACGACAACCAAUCUCGACCGACCUGCUGCACUGAUAUGCAAGAUCUAUCGAGUGACCUUAUGGUACAUCACAGAUCAAGCAUCAUGAGCCAGUUACUCCAGUUGCGCAUGGAUACUUCCAGAUAACAUGCUAGUACCUAUAAUAUCUAUAAGAAGUAUCAAUGUAUAUUUUAACUUCAUGCACCAUAUACCUUUCAGUUGUGUAAUGGAGUCUAGUCCAGUGUAAGUUGCAGGUCGCCUGUGAUAUCGUGGUGGCUUCUUUUUUGGUCUCUCUCUGAAUUUGGGGACGUGAAUGUAAUAUUGUAUUCUAAUAGGAGAAGUUGGAUUGCCCUGAAAGAAAAAAAUAAAAUAAAAAUAAAAGAGACUAGAUAGUGUUAAGUGGAA